UAUUCUCACCGUGUCCGCUAGGGUGAAGGUUGAGAGGUCGGCGCGGCACGGAGCGAGCAGACUCCCCGCCCACUCCGGCUCUCAACAGUCAUCAUGGCGGAUGUUCCACACAGCAACAACAAUCACGUCCCGGUCCUUUUCUCGUUUUCUGUGUUUUCACGACCGUCCUCUGUGCCGCUAGGUUCGGGGCACGAAGUGCUUAUCCAGAAGUUUCUGUCAAUAUACGGAUACCAGAUCGACAUCCACCGCAAGUUCGUGAUCCAGCUCUUCUCGGACGAGUGGGGUCAAUAUAUUGAUUUGCCCAAGGGAUUUGUCAUAACUGAGAAAUGCAAGCUACGAUUGGUACCUCUGCAAGUAGAUAUGACGACUCUGGGCAACCUGUCUGCCUCCACCACGGUCUUCUUCUGCUGUGACAUGCAGGAAAGGUUCCGUCCUGCCAUCAAGUACUUUGGUGACAUCAUCAGUGUGGGCCAGAGACUGCUUCAGGGGGCUCGCAUUUUGGGGAUCCCGGUGAUUGUGUCGGAGCAGUACCCCAAGGGCCUGGGGAGCACGGUGCAGGAGAUGGACCUGACGGGGGCCAAGCUGGUGAUCCCCAAAACCAAGUUCUCCAUGGUGCUCCCCGAGGUGGAGGUCGCCCUCGCGGAGAUCCCGGGACUGCGGAGCGUCGUCCUGUUCGGGGUGGAGACUCAUGUCUGCAUCCAGCAGACGGCCCUGGAUCUGAUUGGCCGGGGCCUGGAGGUUCACAUCGUUGCCGACGCCUCGUCGUCACGCAGCAUGAUGGACAGGAUGUUUGCCCUGGAGCGACUGGCCCGAACCGGAAUAACCGUCACCACCAGCGAGGCGGUGCUCCUCCAGCUGGUGGCCGACAAGGACCACCCGAAAUUCAAGGAGAUCCAGAACAUCAUUAAAGCCAGCGCUCCGGAAUCCGGCCUGCUGUCCAAGGUGUGAGCGCCGCCCCGCGCGGCAGGCUCGACCCCGUAGGGGAAGGGUGGGGCGAGGGGGGGUACUGCAGGGAGCGCCGCCUAAUUGUGUCCCCGAGAUUUUAGAUCAUGAAAAAGAAGGUUCCCGCCUGGCCAACGUUCAGUAGUUCCGGUCUCGGAAAUGGCAGAUUUCGCCCCAGCCCCGACACCAUUGCCUCCACCUC